GGUACAGAAGGAGAGAGAGAAAGAGAGAGAGAGAGAGAGAGACAGCAAAGAGAGCCCUGCCCACUCUCACAAAACCAUUCAACUUGUGCACGGUGAGCACUCACAGACUCCUACAGAGACCUACUCUUCCCUGGGGUAACCUUCUGAGGACGACUGACCUUCCCACAAAAAACCUCCCAAGGAUCAGACAUCAUCUCCACUCCAGCACUGGCAAGACCAUCUUCGGUCCACACCUCUCCUUCUUCAGCCAGCUCUCCUUUUUAAACACAAGGAUUAUUCUUUUUCAUUCUCACUUUUAGGUGUCACUUUUUAAACUUUUAUUCCAAGUCUUACAGCACUGCUGACUAAAUUUAUUUUUCCAGAGCUUACCUUGUCUGGAGGAGUUUUUAAAAUCUCUUUUGGCAGAAGGACUGAUAUUUUUCCCCCACUCUCAUCAUUUCGCCUACUAGUUGGUGCUUGCUGCGCAGCUCUCUACGUUGUCCCGGCAGCAGACCUGUCUAGUCCAGGAUGUCUCCUUUGCCCCUGCUGAGUGGGAUGUUGCUACUCUUUGCCCAUAGCUGUGGCGGGGCCGGCUCUUUGUCCGUGGCGAUGGGUGGUGGCCAGACGCCACCACAGACCCAGUCCCAGCUGGUGCCGGAGGUUACCGACUGCCCUUCCUGUGCCCUGGCGCGGCUCAACGAGGAGGAGGAUGGCAGCAAACCCGAGGUGGUGGAGGCAGUGAAGAGGCACAUCCUCAACAUGCUGCACCUACAGGUGCGGCCCAAUGUUACGCACCCGGUGCCCCGCGCUGCUCUGCUCAAUGCCAUCCGCAAGCUGCACGUGGGAAGAGUGGCCGAGGACGGCAGCGUCCAGAUCGAGGAUGGGGGCCAUGGGCGCCCAGAUGCCGCCGACAUGGUCGAGACGACUGAGAUCCUUACCUUCGCAGAGGCCGGCGACUCCCAGGGUGCGGUCAACUUCCUCAUUUCCAAGGAGGGCGGUGAGCUGUCUCUGGUGGAGCAGGCUAAUGUAUGGAUCUUCCUCCGGCUGGCCAAGACCAAUCGCAGCCGUGCCAAGGUCACUAUACUCCUGUUGCAGCAGCGCCAUGGCGGAGACGGCCAUGAAGAGUCUGUGCUACUGGCCGAGAAGGCAGUGGACACGCGGCGCAGUGGCUGGCACACGUUUCCCGUGUCAGCCAGCGUCCAGGCCCUGUUGAAGGGUGGCGGAAGCAUGCUCAGUUUGAAGAUCUCCUGCCCGCUGUGCGCCAAUGCUGGCGCCACACCCAUCCUGGUGUCGACCAGCGGCAACCAGGAGCGUGAGCAGUCCCACCGGCCCUUCCUCAUGGCGGUAGUGCAGCAGGGCGAGGGUGGCGAGCCACGGCGACGCCACAAAAGGGGCCUGGAGUGCGACGGCAAGGUGCGUGCUUGCUGCAAGCGCCAGUUCUAUGUCAAUUUCAAGGACAUUGGCUGGAGCGACUGGAUCAUAGCACCGGGGGGCUACCACGCCAACUACUGCGAGGGCGACUGUCCCAGCCACGUGGCCAGCAUCACAGGCUCCUCUCUGUCCUUCCACUCCACCGUCAUCAAUCACUACCGCAUACGGGGCUACGCGCCCUUCCAGAACAUUAAGUCGUGCUGCGUGCCCACGAGGCUACGCGCCAUGUCUAUGCUCUACUACAAUGAGGAGCAAAAGAUUGUCAAAAAAGACAUUCAGAACAUGGUCGUAGAGGAGUGUGGCUGCUCGUAAAAGCCUGGCGGAGCUGGUGGGGCUUGGAAGUUGGUCUCAUGCCCAGAGAGACAGAACUAAACGGAAGAGGCCCUUUAUCUCUCUCUCUCUCUCUUGCGUGCAAGACACUGUCAAGACCAACUUUUAUUUGGACUCAAUGACUGGCUUGUUCUCCAUCGUUGGCAAGUCCAGGGGGUAUCUAUAACUCAGAGAAAUCUCUGUGGCACUUUCAAAAAAAUAAAAAAUAAUAUCUAAUAUAUUUUUGUUACAAAACAAAGGGAGGGAGGUGAGAGGAUAUUUAUGUGACCCAGAUGCGGUGUAGUGCUCCUUUCGUGUAUUGCAAGAUGAGAGACCAUGCGAAUGAGGUGCCUGAAAAAUAUACAGUUGAAGUUGGAAAUUUACAUACACCUUAGCCAAAUACAUUAUUUAAACUCAGGUUUUCACAAUUCCUGACAUUUACUCCUAGUAGAAACUCCCUGUCUUAGGUCAGUUAGGAUCA